AUGAAAGUCAAGUCAUCAGGGCCGUGGGGGUGGAGAUAUCCGUGGAUGAUAGGAUGGUCUGCACAACGAACACAGGCAACUGGAAGCCCACGCCGAUGCCCUCCUCAGAACCACCUCGUAUACAAUCCAUUGAUAUGUCCCGAAAGCUCACUGCAGUGUCGAGAGCAGCCCAGCGCUGAUACUAGUCAUGGUCGCCCCAAGGAGCAUAUAGGGGCCAAAGUUUUCUGCAAUCCUCACCAGGACGCCGCAAAUGAUAGCCAAUAUAACGUUGAUUACGAUGAGCGGCAGGUUCUGAAUGCCGGGCUCGGUGGCAGUGACCCCCUGAACCACGUGGAGCAAGGUGGCGAGAUAGUAAAAAAAAGAUGA